UUUAGGAAGUGAGGCAAUUUACGUCAGACGUGUGUGGUUUCACUCCGGAAGAUAAUAGAGACGGGACCGGCUCGAUUUAUGGAGUUUCGAAGAGGAAAUUUAUUAUGAGAGUUUCUGUCAGAGGCUGUUUGAACAAAAUGGGGAACUUUAGAGGAUUUCUGAGAACAACACUGCUCUUCCUGGUGUACGAGUUGUGUCUGGUGUGCUGUGAUAUAACGGACGGAAACACGGAACAUCUGAAGAGAGAGCACUCGUUAAUGAAGCCUUACCAAGGUGUUGGCAACAGCCCUAGUAGUCAGUGGGACUUCUGGGGAAGCACGUUGGUGACGAGCUCAUAUGUGCGACUCACUCCAGACGAGAGGAGCAAGCAGGGAUCCAUCUGGAAUACUGUGCCGUGCUACCUGAAGGACUGGGAGAUGCAUGUGCAGUUUAAAAUUCAUGGGUCAGGAAAGAAGAAUUUCCAUGGCGACGGCAUCGCUCUCUGGUACACAAAGGACAAACUGCAUCCAGGGCCUGUGUUUUCCAACAAUGCUCUCUUCCACGGGCUGGCCUUGUUUAUAGAUACUUACUCUAACGAUGAUGCAACAGAUCGCUCCUUCCCGUACAUCUCGGCCAUGGUGAACAACGGCUCGGUGAAUUACGACCACGGCAAAGACGGCCGAUCGUCGGAGCUGGGAGGCUGCUCGGCCGAGAUCCGGAACAGAGAUCACGACACGUACCUCGCCAUCCGCUACUCCAGAGGAAGACUCACCUUGAUGAUUGAUGUGGAGGACAAGAAUGAAUGGAAGGAGUGCAUCGACAUCGGAGGCGUGCGUCUUCCUACCGGAUAUUUCUUCGGUGCUUCAGCAGCCACAGGAGAUCUGUCGGAUAACCAUGACAUCAUCUCUAUGAAGCUCUACCAGCUGAUGGUAGAACACACCCCCGAGGAGGAGAACCUGGACUGGACCAAGAUCGAGCCCAGCGUCAGCCUCCUCAAGUCCCCGAAAGACAACAUCGACGAUCCUACUGGAAACUUCAGAGGCACGCCGCUGACCGGCUGGAAGGUGUUCCUGCUUCUCCUGUGUGCUCUGCUGGGGAUCGUAGUGUGCGCUGUGGUGGGGGCUGUGGUCUUUCAGAAGAGACAGGAGAGGAACAAGAGGUUUUACUGAGGAGAACGAAGAACACGUUUGUUAUGAACUGUUUCCAGAUGACAGCUUGAGCACACUUAAUGUGAAUUUUUUUCUAAAGAUUGUACAAAUGUUUAUAUCCUUGAAGCGUUUGGAGUGAAUUAUGGUAACUUUGGAUGUUAGUGGCGAGCGCAGUGAGGCCCUGAUCAAUGCUGUUUCUGUUCUCCGUGUGUUCAUUAACCGCAGCGUUACAAGAGACUUACUGUCCUCUACAAGCGUCGUCUUAUUGUUUUCUCUGCUGCAGACGUGAUGCAACAAAAUGGGGGAUUUUAAAUCGAUUUUUGUCUUCCAGGCUUUUUUCAACUCAUUAUUUAUCGGGUGAAGCUGCACAGACUAAAACACAUCUAAAGUAAACGCAGGAGCGGUCAGAGAGCAGGCGCCCGUGUUGUACACGUGGAAAGAGAUACAAAAUA